AAUGUCCCCAGCACCAGUUUACACCAGCCUGCCCAUCAAUACUACUACAGGGUGCCAGCUUCACGAAGAGAUCACUUUAUUUAGUUGUAAAUACGUUGAUAUGUAACCAGGCGUGUCUGCGACAUGUUUGCCCUCAUUUAAAACCGACACACCUCUGACGAGUAAACCGAAUAAGAUAUUAUAAAUUAGAUAAAAGGAUCCGGUAACAUUCCUGAAUUCAAAACACAGUAGGCUGCGAUAGAAAUGAAAGGACUGACGGACGAAGCGGUGUCCGAGGCGUGCAAAGAGGGGAACCCGAUCACUCAGGAUUUCAUGUUGCAGCAGACCAUGUUGAGAGUCAAAGACCCAGUGAAGUCUUUAGAUUUCUAUACGCGUGUUUUAGGCAUGACGCUGCUUCAGAAGAUCGAUUUUCCCUCGAUGCGUUUCUCUUUCUACUUCCUGGGCUACGAGGAGCGCUCAGAGAUCCCCUCGGAUGUCAAGGAGAGGACCGCCUGGACCUUCUCCCGCCGGGGGACCAUAGAGCUCACCCAUAACUGGGGUUCGGAGUCUGAUGAGAAUCUGUCUCAUCAUAAUGGAAACUCAGAGCCGAGAGGCUUCGGCCAUAUUGGCAUCGCCGUUCCUGACGUCUAUGCUGCCUGCAAAGUGUUUGAAGCUCAAGGAGUGACCUUUGUCAAGAAGCCUGAAGCUGGAUCGCUCGCGUAUUGAGUGUCGGUCACUUGAAAGGGACAAGCCAGCGCGAGGUGAGGGCUGACCGGGCAGGGUUCGCCAGGCCUGGCAGGGACAGCUGCCUUACCCCUCGAGGGCCCCUCAUUCAGACGGAAGAAAGUGAUGCUGGUGACGACGAUGUUCUUACAAUAAUGGCUCAACAGUGCGAUGGUGACUCCAGCGUGUAAAUCGACUGAACUGACAAAAUACUCUCUCUCUCUCGAUCCCACAUAUCUGAAGAAUGGAUUCAUCAUGGUUUUCAUCUGUUCGAGCACAACAGCUCACUGUGUGUUGAUUUGUCAGAGAAAAGAUACUGAGAUUAUGGGAUUCACAUGAAUGCUAUCGUUUCAUAGCCACAUGUGAUAAAUUAGUCCUCUUUCUUUCCUGACAUAAUAAAGAUGGGUCUUUGGAUCGGUAGGGAUUUAAUCAAGUUAAAGUUAAGCUGGAAACAUUUGAUGAAGAGCUGUUAUAUUUUUUCUUUGUAGAAAAGCUAACAAGGUAAAAAUGUACAUUUACAUUUCUUUACAAUUUCGUUGCUGAAUGAAAAUAUCAACUGCUUUUUUAGACAUUAGUAAGCAUGAUUUAAUGAAUUGUAACGUCUUUCAUCUCACCAUAACACAUUCGUACAUAUAAACUCAAAUUAAAUUGAAAAAAUCUUCAAACAUC